AGGUCAGUGAGAGUUAGUGCGAAUGUUGGAAUUGGCAGAACAGUGCGGCUAAAACGCCGGUGCAAGUGUGCAAGUGCACGCGCGAUGGAGGACGAGCAAGGGGAACAUUGGCACGCUCGCUCCUCUUGGCGACAACGACGGCAUUAUUGCUGAAUAAUUCCUUUUCGUCCGUACGCGCCCAAUGGCCGAAGCAAACACCAGUACGAACACUCGUCAGACGCCGGAGGACCGGCGGCAACAUAGGCGGCGACGACGGCGACGAGAGGCGCCUUUGCCGGACGCCGGCGGCAGCAGCAGCACCACCACCACCAGCAGCGACCAUCAGCUGUGUUACCUGGCGCCGGAGUCAGUGGUGCAGGACCGGUCGUCGCCGGCGCCGGGUGGCGGCGAGGUCGUGCGUGUGGACUCGCGUGGCGGGCUUUGGGUCCAGUGCGCCGACCCGCAGCACCACUGCUACACGCUUUGGGCGGCGGACGCCGACGCCAACACCGAGCUGCGGCUCGACCUGUCCAGCCCGGGUCCCGCCAGCUCCACGGAAAUCAAAAUUUUGGGCAGUGAGAACCAGGAGAUUUCGCUCGACUUGUCCGUGACGAAGGCUGAAUUGUUUCCAAGCUGCGUUUUCGCUUUGUUUCGAAUAAUAAAUGUUCCGCAUUGGGAUUCUCCGAGCAUAUUUCAAAUAGGAAGAGGGAAAGAAGUGUGCUCACCGGAAUACGCGGCCCCGGCCUGA